CUUGGCUUGCCGACUGCUGUGGAGGGACAGAAAUGGGCAUAACCUGUCGUGCUACCCAUCUCCUCCUAAGAGCUAAUCCACUCGCGGCGCACAUCUGAGCUCCCUGGAGGCAUUCAUCGAAUUGGCGAGCUGAGGCCGGUGUCGCGCCCGUCGCUCAUUCCCCGACUGCAGGACUGCGCGGAUGUUCGCAUGGCCGCCAUGCUGUCGUCCGCGCGCCCGCUGUCGGCACCGGCAGUGUCGUCGCAGUGCACAGCCGCCGUGCAGCCGAGCCCUCCGACGCGCCACGCAAGGCCGGUGCUUUUCCACCUGCACCGCUCCGUCGCUGUAGGCCCCACGCCCCUGCGCGCUGUUCCCUCCGCCCUCCCGUCCGCGCCGCUUGGGCCCCCAGCCCCUGCCCACGCGCGCGUCACGGCUGCAGCUUCUGCCGCGGGAAGUCCGUCGGGCCCGGCAGGGCUGCCGUUCCGCAAGAAAAGCGGCGGCGGCAGCAACAGCGGCGGAAGGGCCCCUGGUGGACCCGCGCCCCCCCAGUCGGCGUCGCAGGCGCCGUCGGCGAGCGCGCUGGGGUACCACCCGCUGGAGCACGUGCCGGCGGAGGAGCAGGACGGCAGAGGGCGCGCGGGGACAGGCAAGGACGGCCGGCGCUGUGGCGGGGCGCAGCUGUCGCCCGCGGAGGUGGCGCGCACAGUGGCGGAGGUGAACGUGCAGGCCAUCGUCUUCGCCGCCCUAACCGAGGGGUCGGCGGGCGUGCUGGCGGCCGACGCGCGCUUCGUCGUGGACCACAACGGAGACGUGUUCGUGGAGGUGGACGAGGACGACGACUUCCUGCGCAUCCUCCACGAGGACGCCCGCCUCUGCUCGGCGCUGGUGGGGUUCGGCAGCAUGGAGGAGGUGGCGCUGGACGACCUCAUCGAGGGGGCCGCGGGCGACCACCACGGCGACUCCGACGACGAUGACGACGACGACGAGACGAGGGGCUUCAGGGGCAGCGACGUGCGCGGGCAGGGCAGUGACACGUGGCAGUCGCUGAACGUGCUGCUGGGAGGGGCGGGCGAUGGCGGGGGUGCGCGGGGGGAGCAUGGCGAGGAGGAGGAGGAGGAGGAUGAGGAUGAGGAAGAUAGCGAGGAGGAGGACGAGGAGGACGUGGUGCUGUCGGAGGAUGAUCGCCACUUUUGGCGCGCGGUGAUCGGGCCGGACGCCGACCAUCUGUUCGACACGCUGUCGCCCGAGGCGCUGGGGUCGCUGGGCGCGUGGGGGGGGCGGGAGACGCUGCAGUGGGUGCACCCCGUGUACUUCGCAGAUAAGAUGAUUGCCGCGGUGGGCGCGGACCCCAUGGCGGACAUGACCCGGCCCGUGCAGCGCCUGCUGCUGCUGGGCAGGGUGCGCCCACUGUCGUCGUCGGAGGAGUUCCGCGUGCGCGGAUUGCUGGGGGAGCGCCUGGCGGAGUACGAGUACGGGGAGGGGGAGGGGGAGAGCGGUGCAGGUGGCGUGGAGGCGAGUGAGGCGGGGCUGGUGCAGGGAGGCGAGGGCGAUUUCCGCGGCAGGAGAAGCACCACGGCUGCCGCUGGGGUGGGUGAAGCAGCCCGUGCAGCAGACGACGUGGCGCUGUGUGCAGGGGAGGGGGGGAGUGGCGACGAGGUGCAGGAGGAGGAGGAGGGAGCGACGGGUGAGGAGCAUGGAGCAGGCGCCGAUGCCAGGGCCAGCAGCAGCGGCAGCGCGGGCAGGCGCGAGGGCGAUGUGAGGGUUCGGAAGCCGGAAGCCCCAAAGGUCAGGGGCGAGCAACGAGCAGCACCGGCGGGUGGGGCGAGCGAGAGUGGCAGAGACGCGGGCAGCGCAGCGGUGGACGCGACAGGCGCGAGGCGAGAGGGGGCAGGGGGCGGAGGGGCAGGGCGGGAGGAGGAGACGGUGGCGGGCGUGGUGGGGUACCGCGUUGAGGGGCUGGAGCGCGCCUUCCUGCAGGACUCCGCCUUCCCCGCGCGCCAUGGGGGCGGGAAGGGGCACGCUGACGCGGCGCACGAGGUGUCGUGGGGGGCCGAGUGGAGGGUGGGUGAGGGCGACAGCAGCGAGUGUGGCAGUAGCAGCAGCAGGGAUGGUGGAGGGGGCGGCACACAGAGCGAUGCCAAGGGCGCUGGGGGCGACAUGGCAGAACGACACGAGGGGGAGGAUGGCAAUGGGAGCGCGCAAGGGGCGAGCAGCAGCAGCGCGGACGGGGCGAGUGCGCUGGGGAGUGCGGGCAGUGGGAUUUUGGAGCUUCCCCCCGGCGCCACGUGGCUGAGUGCAGUUGGUCCGGGGAAGGAUGCGCAGAGUGGAGGGGCAGGUGGCGAGUGGUGGCAGGCUGAGCCCCAUGACUUGCUGGGUCCUGCUGCUCGCGCUGCUGGGGGCAUGGCGGGGGAGCGGGGGGGUGAAGACGCGGAGGGCGAGGAUGAGGCGAAUGGGCAGGGCGAGGGGCGAGAGGGCAAGGUACAAGGGGCAGGAGGAGUGGGAUUAUUCAGUGCAGCAGAGGGGGCGCACAAGGCGAAUGAGGAGCAGGAGGAUCAGGAGGAGGAUGAGGAGGAGGAGGGGAGUGAGGGCGAAGAGGGUUGGGAGGGAGGGGUGGGCACGGUGCUGUACAAGCUGGACCUCGUGCACAUACACCUGCUCGCCUCCUCCGGCUGCCAGGAGGAGGUGGCGCCACAGCGCUGGCAGGAGGCGGCGCCGGACCUGCUGGCGCACGUGGCGGACAGCAUUGUGCAGCGCGCCAACGCGCUCCAGCGUGCGCAGCGCUGCAUGCGAGAGCUGUGCGCGCGCGAGCAUGGCAUACACGCCGAGGAGGUGUGGCUGGUGGGCAUUGACCACCUGGGCAUAGAUGUGAGGGUGCGCAUGGGGCUCGAACUCAAGACCCUCCGCUUCCCCUUCAGAUAUCCGGCGGCCACGGAGGUGGCGGCGGAGCGGCUUCUGGACGAGCUGCUGCGCCCGCGCCCUCUGCCGUCCCCCACUGCCAUGCGCCUCAACCCACGCCUCUCCGCCCGCCAGCUGCGCCGCCUGCGAGCGCGCAUGCGCCGCUGACCAACACCCGCUGCCAGGGCACGGGCACUGGGGACCAUGGAGCUGCCAAGUGAACGGCUGCAACACCCGCCUGCCAAUGACAGUGACGCAUCGAGAUAGCCCGCCAUCCUUGCAGACAUUCCGGUUCUCCAGUUCGUAUUCUUCUCUGCUGUGACUGGUUGCCCACAUUGCAUGCCCUUCGCAUCAGAGUGCAUUCGUGUUACGGGUGGCUUCCCUUGUGGGAGCAGGUUGUUAUGAGGAUUUCUACCGUAUUCUCCCAGACAAAAUACCUUGGGUUUCUAGGAAAAUGCAGGCAAAAAAAUGUUGGAAAUGAUGACGAAGAGACCAGCAUUUCAGGUGUUUCGUCUCCGCGCUGCCCGCUACUCGUCGCCUCGCAGCCGCGACAUCUUGCCGCCAGCUUGCUGCCUGUGCCUUGCUGCAGUCAGCCUACAGCCAGCUCGCUGCCAGCAGCACGCCGAUGC